AUGAGGUGGCAUCACAACAUCGAUUGUUCAAUUAAACGACCCUCCCCUCCAAAGGAUACUGCUGCCAUGAUUAGAUCCGUUAGGUUUAACUCCACACAAGCCGGCCUAAAGAAAACCGCUCUGCAUGAUUUACAUGUAGAACUGGGUGGUAAUAUGGUCCCCUUUGCUGGAUAUUCCAUGCCGGUUGCCUACAAGGGUCAGUCGCAUAUUGAAUCUCACAGGUGGACCAGAACCCAUGCAGGGCUAUUCGACGUCUCCCACAUGCUACAGAGUACUCUUCAAGGUAAAGAUGCCGUCAACUUUCUUCACAAGGUGACCCCCACGGACUUCCAACAACUACAUCCUGGUGUUGGCACUCUAUCUGUCCUUUUGAACCCUAACGGCGGGAUAGUAGAUGACACAUUAAUCACCAAACAAAGCGCGCAUGAUUUCUACAUGGUUACGAAUGCCGCCUGCGCCGAAAGGGAUUCACAGUUUCUAGUCGAUGAAUUAAAAUCCGUAGCAGACGCCAAGUGGACCCCAAUCACAGACAGAUCUCUACUGGCAUUGCAAGGUCCCGAUGCCCACAGGGUCUUGCAGCAUGUGUUAGCUUGGGACCAGUCACUGGCCGAUCUGUACUUCGGGCAGAGACGCUCCUACAAACUCUUCAACGGGGCCUAUAUAGACGUCGCCAGGUCUGGUUACACCGGCGAAGACGGAUUCGAAGUUAGCAUUCCUAACGAAGAUGCCUUACAGUUUGCCCAAUCGCUUCUCGAUAACGAGAUGACCAAGCCAAUUGGAUUAGCCGCUAGAGACAGUCUGCGUCUAGAGGCUGGUUUAUGUCUCUACGGCCAUGAACUCGACGAAUCUAUCACACCCGUGGAAGCCGCUCUCAGCUGGGUUAUUUCCAAAAGCAGAAGGAACAUCACCGAAGGUGUCAAAUUCAACGGUUACGACAAAAUUAUAGAUCAGAUCAACAACAAAACUCACAAGAGCCUACGUGUGGGCUACAGAUACCAGACCAAAGGCCCCGCUGCCAGAACUGGUUCCAAGAUUUUCCUCCCAGACGGAAAGACUGAAGUGGGCCAUGUAACUUCGGGUAGCGCUUCGCCCAGUCUAGAUAACAUAAACAUCGGCCAAGGUUACGUGCUAAAGCCUCACAACAAGAGAGGAACCAACCUUUUGGUACAGGUAAGAAACAAGUUAUUGCCCAUUGAGCUGGUGAAGAUGCCUUUUGUUCCUUCCAACUACUAUAGAGGAUAA